CACUGCCCCCAAACGACUUGCAUUGAUUUUUACGCUGUGCUUGCUUUAUCGAUCUAGUUUAAUUAAGUUUUUAGUCAGUCCGCAAUGUUUUGUGCGCUUCUAUUAGUCUGCUCAGAGUUUCCGUUUAGUGUGUUCUAACAUAGGAUCUUUGGGAUCACUUGUUCGUUGAUGUUGUACAUGCAUUGUGUCUGAUUUCGAAAUGGCCAAGAACAGCUUUAAGACUUUAAUCAGCCAGAAACACAAAACGUUUCCGGCCGACCUCAAUAUGUACGGAAUGAAGUGCAAAUCGCAACUGUUGGAGGAUCAGGAGAACGUGACCCUGAUCAUCAAUCGCCGGAAUUCAAUUCGCCAGAAGCAGAAAAGUUGGUCCUGGACCCUGCUGCGUUGCAGGUGGCAAAAGAAGCUAGUUCUGUUGCUAAUAUUUAUUUGUGUGUGCGGUCUAAUUGUUUUCGCCAACACGCAUCUCUUGGUUCGCGGCAAUAUCCUCUCUGCAUUCCUAUCCAGUCGACUCAACAAACUUUCGCAUGCGGAGCAAGAGGAGGCAGCAGUCAGAAAUCCGGAUAACCAGGCAACGACCCCGGUGGUUCCACCGAUUUUGAGGCCCACCCACUACCUGCUGAACUAUUCCGCCGCCCAGCUGGAGUUGGGCGCCCACUUGAAUGGCUUCUCGUCGGACUACAACAUCUUCGUGAUAUACACGCGGGAGAACUACCAUCUAAACCUGAAGUUCGACCUGUUCGCCCACAGUUUACUUAAGCACACCAGUGCCCAGCUGCAUCUGCAUGUGAUCACGGACAGCGAGAGUCAGACUUCGGUGCUGGAAAUACUGCAGCGACAGAUCCGGCGUUUCCGGAGGACGGUGCUCUACACCAUAUACGACGUGAAGGUCUGCUCCAGCAUUAUACAGGACAUAGCCGCCAAGUUGUCGCCGUACUUUAGCUCAACCCCGAACUCGUACUAUAGCGACUCCUUGUUUUUCCUAUCCCUUGGCCUGCACAGAAUCGCCGAUGGCAGCCUGAACAGAGCGAUCCUGCUUGAUUGUGAUAUAGUCUUCCGAUCCGAUGUCCGGCUGCUCUUCAACGAGUUCGAUCACUUCCUGCCGCACCAGCUCUACGGACUGGCCCCGGAACUGACGCCCGUCUAUCGCCAUAUCCUCUACCGCUACCGUGUGCGGUAUCCCAAGACCAGUUUCGGCAAUCCCUACUAUCCGAUGAACAACGAACAGCAACAUAGUCAUAUCCAUCACGGUUAUCCGGGCCUCAACUCCGGCGUGGUGCUGCUGCUCCUCAACCGCAUCAGGAACUCAAAGUCCUACCUGGAGAAGCUGACCCACUCGGAGGUGCACACGCUGGUGGCCAAGUACUCAUUCAAGGGACAUCUCGGUGACCAGGACUUCUUCACGCUCCUGGGCUACGAAUAUCCCAACUUGAUCUACAGACUGGACUGCAUUUGGAACAGGCAGCUGUGCACUUGGUGGAAGGAUCACGGCUACAGCGACAUUUUCGAUGCUUAUUUCCGGUGCGAGGGCAAUAUUAAAAUGUAUCAUGGCAACUGUAAUACGCGAAUUCCAGAAUAAAUAAAAUUGUUAUAGUAAUAUUAAAA